AUGUCAGCGAAUAGCGGGGUAAAGCGAGCUAGUAAGGCAUUUAAAACAUGUCUAUUUUGUAAGCGAUCACACGUCGUGUGUGAUAAACAGCGGCCGUGUUCUCGAUGUAUCAAGAGGGACAUUGCACAUUUGUGUAAGGAAGAUGGUAUACCGAUUACAAAUGAACGACUGUCACAGCAAGGAAAUUCACCCGAGGAGAAUUGUAUAGCACCGGAAACAUAUCCAAAUAGGGCGAAUAAUGGGAGUAUGUUUGAUUGUCAAAACAAUCGUAAUGGAUCGACGGACACCAGUAGCCCCAAAUAUGGGGAGCCUCAAUCAUCUAAACUAGACUCUACUCUUGUAAACGAUACAACCAGUUUAUUACUUCCACAACAGCCUAUAUUUGUAUCAGAGAAUGUCGGCUCGGAAUUCAGUUCCUUGAAUGAAUUUCUUUCGAUGCUUGAAAACCCUCUGCUGGCCCAUUCAGGGUUGAGCUCUGGCGGCACGAGUAAUAUUCAUUUAGAAAAUGGAUCACAAAGCACCCAAUCUCCAUUAGAAUAUCAAAAUGACAACCAUAGAAAUGGAAACGAAGUGGUAAGACAAGGACAGAAUGCACCGGAUAUAAUUCCAGCGUCUUCUAAUGAUGUUUCAAAGACGUAUGGACAUAACGAGCCGAAGGAAGUAUCUAAUGAUCAGUUCGAGGCCGAUCCUAACGAGAACAGUGCUCCAACGCCUAAGGAACAGUUUUUCUUAACAGCCGCAGAUCCAUCUACAGAAAUGACGCCGGAAGAUAGGUUGAAAUUGGUCAUAAACGCCAAACUAGAGGCAGGAUUGUUGAAGCCUUACAAUUAUGCCAAGGGGUACGCCAGGUUACAAGAUUACAUGGACAAAUACAUGAAUCAAUCUUCCAAGCAACGGAUUCUGAAACCCCUGUCCACCAUCAGACCAGCGUUCAGGACCAUUGCGCGUUCGUUAAAGGAUGUGGAUCUAGUACUCGUGGAGGAAAGUUUUGAAAGGAUGCUAUUGUCAUAUGAUCGUGUUUUCACCUCGAUGAGUAUGCCCGCUUGUCUGUGCAGACGUACGGGGGAAAUUUACAGGGCCAACAAAGAGUUUGCCUCCUUGGUCGAUUGUACGGUGGACGAUCUACGCGAUGGGAAGUUAGCAAUCUACGAGUUGAUGACAGAGGAAAGUGCAGUAAACUUUUGGGAAAAAUAUGGGUCCAUUGCGUUCGAUAAGGGCCAGAAGGCCGUUCUGACAAGUUGUAGUCUACGGACCAAAGAUGGGAUCCGUAAACGACCAUGCUGUUUCAGCUUCACCAUCAGAAGGGAUAGAUACAACAUCCCGAUUUGCAUUGUAGGGAAUUUUAUCCCUUUAUCAUAG